AUGCCAAGGCUUCGAUCAGCUCGUACAGUAGCAGCAGCUCGAAGAAUAAGCGGACUUCUCGUCAACAUAUUUCGAGACAGGCACGAAAGGUAUUCAUCGUCAACAUCCUCGUCUGACGAUUUUAUAACGGAUUCGAGUGAGGAGACGUCAUCGACAACUGAAACAUCAUCCACAGAAACUGAUUCUUCAGACGAACAACGUCAAGAAACCCGAAGGUAUCCAACACGUGCAUCUGAGCGACAGAAUCGGCAGAGGCGAAGUGUCCCAAAUCAGCGGUCAGCAGAGCAGUCACAAUCCUCGUCCAACGCUGAAACUUUACACGAGAGUGAAAGCGAAUCAAGCGGUUCAGGCGAAGAAGCGCGAAACGACCUUGAACGGACGAUCAUGGAAAAUGAGAACGAUGACGAUAUCCAAAUUCUGGAUGAGAAUGUAGAGCCUCUGCGAUCCACCCCACCAGGUUCGCCAUCUGAUUCCGACAACGAGCUGAAUUCUGCGAAUCGUCCCAAGCGAAGAAGGACGGACAAUUUCUCAACGGAGAACGAGAAAGAUUGCCAACCAGGGGUAUCCACAGAGACGACGGCGUCCACCGCGCUCGGCGCGGCUCUCGCCGGUGAUGAGGAAGCUGACGAUGGUUGCACUAUUUGUUAUGAAGAGUACACAAGUGCUGGAGAACAUCGAUUGGCUUCAGUGAAGUGUGGACAUUUUUUCGGGUAUUCAUGUAUUGCACGAUGGAUUCGUAGUGAAGGUAGGAAUGCUGUAUGCCCCACAUGUAAAACGAAAGCAAGUAUGAAAGACAUACGUAAACAUUACACGGCAGCUGUAAAAGUAAGUUGGGCACAGAUUCUGAAUACCGUUACUAUGACUUCCUUCUGUACCUUAGCCAUCGUUCACUGUGAAACAUGUUAUAAAUCCGUGCUUAUUGGGCAAGUUAGACCUUGCGGUUAG